AUGGCCCGCCCCUCUUCUCGUACAAAAUUGGCUCGAUUUUUACGAAGAAUGCAAAAUAAUAAAUUUGCUAUUAUUUUACUCUUUUUAUUACUAAUUUUGCUUUAUAAAUUAAAUACAUCUUCCCGCUCAUCAAAUUUUGAAGCUUCUAUUGCUACUUCUAAAGAAAAUCAAUUUUCUCAGAUACCCCCAAUUGCAAAAGAUUUUAGAACUCCCUACAUUAACCCUCAAAGAGUUUCUAACAGAAAAGAGCUCGAUGAAUUAAUACGGUUAGAACGUCAACAGCAGCACCAAAGAACCAAUCUAAAUAGGGAAAACAAACAAUCUUCCUGUCCCAAUUAUUCUCAAUAUUCUUCAACAUCACAUCCUCCUUUCAGUAAAGGACCUUUAGAGCUUCCAUUUCAAAGACCGUUGAAAGAAUGCAGAACUUUUAGUUCAAGCGAAGUAGAAAGGGUAAUAUCUGAUAUCACUUCGCGUAUCAGCGAUCCAGAUUUGUCUCGACUAUUUGAAAAUUGUUUUCCAAACACUCUAGAUACAACUAUAAGAUGGCAUCAUCCAGGAGUUGAUCCCCAAACAUUUAUUGUGACCGGUGAUAUCGAUGCUUCAUGGUUACGUGAUUCUCAUAAGCAAAUCACGGUUUAUUCCCAUUUAGCUAAUUUCGAUCCUAAAAUACGCGAUUUGAUUCUUGGAACUAUUAGUACACAAUCUGACUAUGUUAUUUCACAUCCUUAUUGCAAUGCAUUUCACCCCCCUUCUCAAAGUGGAUUGAAAUUUCCUUACAACAAUGAAAAUGAUAUUGUUUUUCCUCGCGUUAAUUUAAACAUUGUUUUUGAAUGCAAAUAUGAAAUUGACAGUUUAGCAUCCUUUUUAGGAAUUAGCAAUGAUUACUACGAAGCUACUUAUGACACAUCCUUUAUUACCGCUUCUUGGCUUAAAGCCCUUUCUCGUCUUCUACGUGUACUCCAGGAACAGGCUAUUCCAACAUACUCGGAGACAGGACAAAAACUUCCCAAUUAUUAUACUUUUCGGAGAAAAACAGAUACUGGAACAGAAACAUUGAAUUUAGGGGGUGCCGGAAAUCCUGUGAACAGAAACACUUCUCUUAUACGCUCCGCUUUUAGACCAUCCGAUGAUGCAACAAUUUAUCAAUUUUUUAUUCCUGGGAAUGCAUUUAUGUCAGUUGAACUUAAACGUACAGCAAAAAUCCUCAACACUCUAGAUCAUAUUGAACUAGCUAAAAAGCUAUCAGCACUCGGUGUUGAUAUUGAAAAUGGAAUCUUUCAACAUGGUACGUACGACCAUCCUGAAUUUGGUAAAGUAUUUGCGUAUGAAAUUGAUGGAUAUGGCAGUAUAUCUAUAAUGGAUGAUGCCAACACCCCAUCUUUGCUAUCUCUCCCAGAUAUGGGAUUUGUUUCUCGAAGUAAUGAAAUUUAUUUAAAUACUAGAAAAAUGAUUUUAUCAAAAACAGGAAACCCAUAUUACUUGAAGGGCGAAUUUUUUGAAGGUAUUGGUGGUCCACAUAUAGGUACUAGGUUUGCAUGGCCAAUGAGUCACAUUAUUGCAAUUCGUACCACAGAUAAUGAUACUGAAAUCAAACAAUCAUUAGAAAUUUUAAAGAAAUCUACUUCAGGGUUAGGUCUGAUGCAUGAAAGUGUUAAUGUUGAUCUACCCCAUUCAUUUACUAGAUCAUGGUUUGCCUGGUGUAAUUCUGAAUUCGCCAAAACGAUUUUGGAUUUAGCUGAACGUAAACCACACCUUAUAUUUAGCUCGGAUGAUUCAAGUCCUUACACAAUAAAAGCUCAAUCCCCCAACCGCUUUAUUCAGUCUUUAGAGGAAUCUAGGUCUAAAAACAUGGAUAUUGAAAUUAGAAAUGACAAAAAUGGGAAUUCAAUGUCUAUAUCCCAUAUUUCUAAUCUGGCUUCAGUUUCAGAACCAUUUGCAAAAUCUAGUUCAGCAUUGGAAUCUUUGCAUACGUCAUUGUCGUCAGUAUCUCCAACCCCUUCAUCGGUUCUUACUAUUUCUCUAUCAAGUCAGACAACGUAA